AUGGAACAAGAUGUUAUAAAUUUGAAAAACCAUACUACUCAAUAUAAAGUACUGAAAGAUGAAGAAAUAAAACAAAAAGCCCUGAAGACAUAUAUGGAUAGCGAUGAGUAUAAAAAAGAAGUUGAAGCAAAUGUAAAGGCAGAAAAACUUUUACAGUUGCAAAACCAAACCGUACAGUAUGAAAACUUAGCACAAGAAAGUAAAAAUAACGACGCAGCCAUGCAAAAGGCAAUGAAAAGCGCAGAAUAUAUAAAAGCUAAUAAUGACUGGUUAGAUGCCCAAGCCAACGCCAAAGCAGCCCAACUUAUAGGGUCAAUAAGGACAAAAAUACAAGCGGAUGAAGACAGUUCAAAUGAAGCUUUAAUGAAUGCUGACUUUAAGAAUGCCUUCGAAGCUCUUCAUAGUAAGGUGAAACUAGUGAACGACUUCUCAUCUGGAAAGAAACUGAAGUCUCAAGGUUUCGACAAAGAGUUAAGAGAAGUAGCACAAAAUAUGACGAAAAUAACAGAUGCAGCAACGAGACAGGCAGUUCAAAGUGCCUAUGACGCCGUUAGAGCAACUGUUGUGGAAAGUCAAGAAAAAGAGUUACAACAGACCAAAACAGACCUAGUAAAUGCUUUCUUAAAAACGAAAAGUCAGGUAGGACAUUAUGCUGCAGAUGGAACAUAUGUGCCAGCUGGUGGAACUUAUAUACCACCAAACCCUCCAAGAGAAGCACCUGCACCAGGACUACCUAAAACAUUUACAUCGUCACAUGGACACAGACACAGGCAUGCACCAAAACCAACACAACAACCAACAGUUCAAAAUCCAGCACAACAACCAACACCACAACCAACAGUUCAAAACACUGCACCACAACCAACAGUUCAA